AUGUCGGAUUUACUUUCCACCACACAAACUGAAGACUUUGAAAGAUUCUUGGAACAAAAGGACUUUGACAGUUGGCUUCAAGAAGAAACCUCAUUAAACGAAGGUUAUCUAAAUGAACACAAUAAAACUGAAGAUGAUGGCUCGAAUAUAGAUAGUACAGAAGAUGAAAAAGAAACUCCUUUGCAUGAUGAUGAUGAUGUAAAGGAAAUUGAAUCAUUAUUAGCAGAAGAUAAAAUAAAAAAAGAAGUGGAGGCUAAAGAAGGUGACAAUAAAGAAAUUCACGAGAAAAUAAAUUCAACAGAAAAUGGUAAUUCAGUUAUUGUCAAUGAAGUAAUUUUAGGUGAAGAUGAUGAAACUUAUGUCGAAGGAGAUGAUAAUCAAGUGGUUGACCAAGUGAUUAUUGAAGAAGAAAUAGAAGGACUGUUGUCAAUAAAAGGGUUGUUAUCAGAACAAUCACUACAACAUCAACAACAAAUAAAUUUAUUUGAAAAAGAAACUCCUUUGCAUGAUGAUGAUGAUAAUGUAAAGGAAAUUGAAUCAUUAUUAGCAGAAGACAAAAUAAAAAAAGAAGUGGAGGCUAAAGAAGGUGACAAUAAAGAAAUUCACGAGAAAAUAAAUUCAACAGAAAAUGGUAAUUCAGUUAUUGUCAAUGAAGUAAUUUUAGGUGAAGUCGAUGAAACUUAUGUCGAAGGAGGUGGUAAUCAAGUGAUUGACCAAGUGAUUAAUGAUGUUCAAGAUGGCCAGAUUAUUGAUGAUGAACAUCAAAUUCAUGUUGAUGACCAUGUUAACGGUGAAAUACUUUAUGAAGAAGAAUCAAUGAUGCGUACUGAAGCUACUGGCAAUUUGGAAACCAAGAUUGAUAAAAAUAAUGUGUUACAUCAUUCACGUACAAUGAGUGGUGAACGUUUUCGAUGUAUUUUGGCAUAUGAAGGGAAUGAAAAUCCCAUUUUCAUAAAAUCUGACAAGAUCGUAGGUGAAUUUAUGGAAGACCUAAAGGUUGAUUUGAUCUGUGACGAAAAUUUAAUAAAAGACCAUGAAGUUGUAUUAACAUUUAUUGACUCGGUCAAAGAUUUCGAAUUAAUUUUGACAGAGGAUAAUAAAUACGCCGAUAAACUUACAUUGGGCAAUAUAAUCGAAGCUCAUAAAGGGUUUCAAAAAUUAUAUAAUAUUGUUUCAAGCGAUCUUGUUAUUAUGGUUUCACUACAGGUCCGAUUUAUUUCACGUUUUCAACAAUUUUUUAAUGAUAAUGAAUCAUACGAGGCCCAAGAACCAAUUUUAGGUGUUGACGAUUACAUAGAGAAUAAUGAUUUGUUAAUGGACGAAUUUGAAUUAGAAGAUUCUUUAUUAAUGAAUGACAAUAAUAACUUUAAGAUCGACGGUUUUAAUUUUUCUAGGAAAAGAGAGAGAUCUCCGGGGCCUGAUAAUGAAGGAAUUUUCAAAAAGAGAAUUAAUGUUUAG